CGCGGUGGCGCCGGCGGUGGCGGCGGCGGCGGGAGGGUGGGCGCCGCGGGUCGGACUUGGAACUGCGCGGAAUCUUGCAGAAGAGCGCGGACGGGGGCGCUGCGGAGAAGGCGGCGGCUCGCACCGGAGCGCACGGCAGCCCCCCGGGCCAGCCAGCGGCGGCGGCGGCGGCGCCGGCGGGCGGGCCGGCGGGGCGGGUGCCUUGCAAGCUGGUGCAUCUAGAUUAAAGGAUUUACUCGAAGACAAAGCAUUCUGUUCAUCAGAGACUAGACAAGAGUUACUCUUGCUUUUGGCAAUUAAAGAUGAUGUUGUCAUGGAAACAGCUGAUCCUGUUUUCAUUCAUUGGCUGCCUGGCAGGUGAGCUUCUUUUGCAAGGCCCCGUGUUUAUCAAAGAGCCCAGCAACAGUGUUUUCCCCGUUGGUUCAGAGGAUAAAAAAAUAACUUUAAAUUGUGAAGCAAGAGGCAACCCUUCACCUCAUUACAGAUGGCAGCUGAAUGGCAGUGAUAUCGAUACAAGUCUGGACCAUCGUUACAAAUUGAAUGGAGGAAAUCUUGUAGUUAUUAACCCCAAUAGAAACUGGGAUACAGGAAGUUACCAGUGUUUUGCAACAAAUUCUCUUGGAACUAUAGUGAGCAGAGAAGCCAAACUCCAAUUUGCCUAUCUUGAAAAUUUUAAGACAAGAAUGAGAAGCACAGUGUCAGUCCGUGAAGGCCAGGGGGUGGUACUUCUCUGCGGACCGCCACCACACUCGGGCGAACUAUCAUUCGCGUGGGUCUUCAAUGAGUAUCCAUCGUUUGUUGAAGAAGACAGUCGAAGAUUUGUCUCUCAAGAGACAGGGCACCUCUACAUAGCUAAGGUGGAGCCAUCUGAUGUGGGAAAUUACACAUGUGUCGUGACCAGCACUGUGACAAAUGCCAGAGUACUGGGUUCUGCGACCCCUUUGGUGCUACGCUCUGAUGGUGUCAUGGGUGAAUAUGAACCCAAAAUAGAAGUCCAAUUUCCAGAAACUCUUCCAGCAGCCAAAGGUUCAACUGUGAAGUUAGAAUGCUUCGCUCUUGGAAACCCUGUUCCUCAGAUUAAUUGGAGAAGAAGCGAUGGGAUGCCCUUUCCCAACAAAAUUAAAUUGAGGAAGUUCAAUGGUGUGCUUGAAAUUCCAAACUUCCAACAGGAAGAUACAGGCUCCUAUGAGUGCAUUGCUGAAAAUUCACGAGGAAGAAAUGUGGCAAGAGGCCGGCUCACUUACUAUGCAAAACCUCAUUGGGUUCAACUGAUAAGAGAUGUGGAAAUAGCUGUGGAGGACAGUCUUUAUUGGGAAUGCCGGGCAAGUGGGAAGCCCAAGCCCUCCUACCGAUGGCUCAAAAAUGGAGAUGCCUUAGUACUAGAGGAGAGAAUACAGAUCGAAAAUGGUGCACUUACAAUAUCCAACCUCAACGUGACUGACUCUGGAAUGUUCCAGUGUAUAGCAGAGAACAAGCAUGGGCUCAUUUACUCCAGCGCUGAGCUCAAGGUCGUAGCAUCUGCUCCAGAUUUUUCAAGGAACCCUAUGAAAAAAUUGGUUCAGGUGCAAGUGGGCAGCCUGGUGAUCUUGGAUUGUAAACCCAGAGCCUCUCCAAGGGCACUUUCUUUCUGGAAGAAGGGAGACACCAUGGUGCGGGAGCAGGCGAGGAUUUCUUUUUUAAGUGAUGGAGGACUCAAAAUUAUGAAUGUGACUAAGGCUGAUGCUGGAACCUACACCUGCACAGCAGAAAACCAGUUUGGGAAAGCAAAUGGCACAACACAUUUGGUUGUGACAGAACCAACAAGAAUAAUUUUGGCACCUUCUAACAUGGAUGUUGCCGUCGGUGAGAGCGUCAUUUUACCCUGCCAGGUGCAACACGACCCGCUGUUGGACAUUAUGUUUGCCUGGUAUUUCAAUGGAGCCCUUACGGACUUUAAGAAAGAUGGAUCCCACUUUGAGAAAGUUGGUGGAAGUUCAUCAGGCGAUUUAAUGAUCAGAAACAUUCAACUGAAGCACAGUGGGAAGUAUGUGUGUAUGGUGCAGACUGGGGUGGACAGCGUUUCAUCUGCAGCUGAGCUCAUAGUGAGAGGUUCACCUGGACCACCAGAAAAUGUGAAGGUAGACGAAAUUACAGAUACAACAGCCCAGCUGUCUUGGACAGAAGGCACAGACAGCCACAGCCCAGUUAUAUCCUAUGCAGUCCAAGCUAGGACACCUUUCUCUGUGGGCUGGCAAACUGUCACGACAGUACCUGAGGUCAUUGAUGGCAAGACACAUACAGCUACUGUCGUGGAGCUAAACCCAUGGGUGGAAUAUGAAUUUCGGGUUGUAGCCAGUAACAAAAUCGGAGGUGGAGAACCCAGUUUACCCUCAGAAAAAGUAAGGACUGAAGAGGCAGCUCCAGAAGUGGCACCUUCUGAGGUCAGCGGAGGAGGUGGAAGCCGAUCUGAACUAGUGAUAACCUGGGAUCCAGUUCCUGAAGAACUACAGAAUGGUGGAGGUUUUGGAUACGUGGUUGCUUUCCGCCCACUUGGGGUUACCACCUGGAUCCAGACAGUGGUGACAUCCCCAGAUAACCCGAGAUAUGUCUUUAGGAAUGAAAGCAUCAUGCCUUUUUCACCAUAUGAAGUUAAAGUGGGUGUUUACAACAACAAAGGUGAAGGGCCCUUUAGCCCAGUGACAACAGUGUUCUCUGCAGAGGAAGAGCCUACAGUAGCCCCAUCCCACAUCUCUGCCCAUAGCCUGUCUUCUUCAGAAAUUGAGGUUUCAUGGAAUACAAUUCCCUGGAAGUUGAGCAAUGGACAUUUGCUUGGCUAUGAGGUGCGGUACUGGAACAAUGGAGGAGAAGAAGAAUCAUCCAGCAAAGUGAAAGUGGCAGGAAAUCAGACAUCGGCCAUGCUCCGAGGCCUGAAGAGCAACCUGGCAUAUUACACAGCUGUCCGGGCUUACAACAGUGCAGGCGCUGGCCCCUUCAGCGCCACAGUUAAUGCAACCACCAAGAAAACGCCUCCUAGUCAGCCACCAGGAAAUGUUGUUUGGAAUGCCACGGACACGAAAGUGUUGUUGAAUUGGGAGCAAGUGAAAGCGAUGGAGAAUGAGUCAGAAGUAAUAGGCUACAAGGUUUUCUAUAGGACUAGCAGUCAGAAUAAUGUGCAAGUGCUGAACACAAAUAAAACUUCAGCUGAACUUUUGCUGCCUGUCAAAGAGGACUACAUUAUCGAAGUCAAGGCCACUACAGAUGGAGGCGAUGGCACCAGUAGUGAGCAGAUCAGGAUCCCAAGAAUAACAAGUAUGGAUGCAAGAGGAUCCACAUCAGCCAUUUCUAACAUCCACCCUGUGUCAGGUUAUAUACCUGUCCUACUGUUCUUUAUUGUAAAUGCUUUGUGGUGAUAGGCCCUUUUUAUUGUUUACUGGAAAGUUAAUUGGUUACACACAAAAAAAGUGCUUUCUGAAUCAGUGAUUAUGCAUGUUUUUUUUCAGGUAUGUGUUUUUAAAUUUCUACUCCAUUAUAGGUAAAAUAUGAAUAUAAUAAAAGCAGUAAAUCCUUUAAGAGGAAUCUGAAAUGCCUUAAUAUUUGCUUGGUAAACCAAAGGAACUUACAAAUUAUAUACUGCAAACUUUUGAUAGAAAUAUUCUUAUGUUAUGAGUUUAAUUCACUGCCUAUGUGUGAGGCACAUACAAACACCGGAUACACAAAAACACAGUUACACAUACGACAUGUACAAACACAUAGUACACACACAGUACACACAACACACAAUCUACCAACAAAGAGCACAGAGAGAGACACACACACACGCACACACACAGUUUUUCUAUACUGCAAACUCGUUUAUUCCAAAUAUUCUUUUCUCAUUAUUACAACAGCGCCUAUCAUGUUAAGAUUACUAAUUUUAGCACGAAUCCAAUUUGAAUCCCUCAGAGUAAAAAUGCACUUAGACAGUUAUGCUGGAAGGGAGUGGCCUGCCCUGUGAUUCCAUAGAGUAUUAGUAGAAAAUACUGCUCUGAGCUUGGCGAGGUGACAUCUGUCUCAGUGUGCUCCUCUGUGGAGGCAAAAUUCGUUUAGUCACUGGUCCUCUCCUUUUUCAAUUUUUCAUACUUGUAAAAUAAGGUGACAAUAUUUCUCUGUCUGCCUUUGCUGAAAGGAGUCGUUGUUACAAAACAAAGAGGGGACUGUGAAGAGUAUGGCUUACCCCACCUGCAGUGUCCCUGUGCCGAAUCUUACAUGAACUCCCUAACAUGACACAGCAAACCUGGCAUUUCUGACUUGCUGCUGUUCCAUGUUCUUGGUAGGAUGAUCUGUCUUGUUCGAAGAUGGGAAUUGAAUCUGAGUGAAUAUUGUAACACCUUUUUCUUUUUGUUCAUAUUUACAAAGAAAGAGGUAGAACAUGAAAAUGAGCACCUUUUACCCUUCCUCAGAAAUUAAAGUGAAAUUAAUUAGAACUCACUCAUUCCUUUCCCAUGUAAAAAUAUGUUUUCAGGCUUUGUCAAAACCCAGUAGAGAAAACAAGGAACAACUGUAUGUUAACCAAAAUGUGAAACAAAAUGCACAUAAUUCUUCACUUCCAGUUUCUGAUUCCAUUAAGGGGUCCUCUCUCUCCGGAUGGUAGAAUUUUUUUUUUUUUUUAAUGAAAUCGCACUGUCUAUCUCAUUGAGUCAGGCAGGCUUUUCUGCUCCCAAGUUAAAUUGGUAAUAGAACAUGUUGGUGCUGCUGGCUUUGAUACGGAUGACUCAGUCUUUUAAUAUGUGCUUUUUCAAAGAGUUGAGGAAGACACCACUUCACAAUAAUAUGUAAAAAUUUUCUGAAAAUCAGCAGAUUCAGUGCUAGACAUUUAAAAUAAUGUUAUUUUACCUCUUACCUAACAAUUUCACAUUUUGCUAGCAUUUUUUUUUCAUGUUACCAAAAGUAGCAAAAUUGGAAACUGAUGGUAUAGCUCUCAAGAAAUAAUAAAAGUUAGCCAAACUCUGAUACCAUUUUAGUAUAGCACCCUUUCUUCAGAGAUUCCAUUUACGAUAAGGUCACUAUGUAAAAAGGAGAAUGAUUUUUUAAGUCUCUGUCGGGUCUGUAUAUAUUGUACAUAUUGAGAAGAAAUAUGAAUGACUAUUUGAUUUCAUAUGACCAUUGUUAUUUCCAGUCAAAAAGUGGGGAAACACUUUCUCCAAUCCCUGUGCUUUAUGAUCCAUGUGACAGAACUAUACCUUUUUAUUACCCGAUGACUCCUAGAAGUUGUUCCUAUGCUUUACUUUUGCGAGAUGGAUAUUCUCUUGUUUCCUGUUAUUUCUAUCAGGAUAUCUCCAUGAGAUGUAGACUCUGUUUCAUAUUGAAAAGUCUGAAUUUUACUAUUUAAAUUCCUGUGUGUGUAUCCUAUGGUUAUCUGUAUGUAUUAUUUUCUAUUAUUCUAAUAAAAUUUAUAAUAAUCGAGUA